UCUACAUCUCCGUCGCUCCUCUUCAUCACACCACGAGUUGCCGCUAUCGCACCGUCGCUAUCACGCUGGGGCCGCUCGCUGCUCGCUAAAAACACCGCGCGGCUGCGUCAUCGCCGGAGAUGCGGCCCCGUGGGAUUCGCUGGGUAACGCGGGGUACCCCGGAGAGCGAGGCGCGAGCGUGAGGGAUAUCGCGAUUGGUGGCCGAUGCUGCCGAGAUGGAGAUUGGGGUGGAUUGUGGUAGUACCCAGUGCGGUACGCGAUGGAGAAGAGAGCGAGGUGCGUGGGGGCGUGGAGGCGAGUAGAGAGGCGCCAUCGAUCGCUGGUCAGUGCGGGUCACCCAAGCAGCAGCGAGGCAACGUGAUGAUGCGCCGAACAGAGGUCCGAGAUGAGGGCUGCACGGCGCAUGUUUUAGUCGCAAGAAUACGACAGGAUACUCCCAGAUCCAUGCUAAUAGACAAGAUUCUGCAGCUCGUCGUCAAGCGAUAUGUGGUGAGACGCCGUGCAGUCAGACCUAAAUCAUGCGGCGACCAAGAGCAGCCAGACGAGGUGACACUGUGCCUUCGUGAUAUGGCUAGAAGUCAACUCUUGCGGCUGCUGCAGCUGGCCCAGUAUCUCUGGACAGUGGUGUAGAGCACUUCGCCUUGGCUGUGAAGCAAAUGCAGUUGAACUGUUGUGAGCUAUGGUCAGCUGUAGGAGCUUCCGACACGAGUCGCCCGGCCGAGCCUUGUGAUCGAUAAGCGCCGCUCCUAAACCAUGCAUCCGUCGUCCGUCGCAUCAUGCAUCGCCGCCCAGCCCAUCGCUCGCGGCGCUCAGAGAGGACACG